CCACACUCACGCAUGCGCAGUUGCGCGAAAGCAGUACUUUGUCGACGGCGAGCUCAAGCUCGUCGCCGGACGUCGCAGCGCCCGCAAACGGCAAAGUGUUGUGUUCCGAGCACGCCGCUAUGGACGUCGAUAAUUCAGCGUCUGAGCCUGUCUCGCCGUCGAACAACCACCAGCACGAGAAUGGCAUGACGAACGGGUUCAGCUCGCCGGACAAGCACAAGAGUUCCAAGUCGGAGCAUCGCGACAAGCAUCGUGAUCACAAGAGUCGCAGCAAGGACCACAAGAGCUCCAAGGACAAGGAUCGCCAUCACAGCAGUUCCAAAGACAAGAGUUCUUCGCACAAGUCUUCAAGUAGGGACAAGGAUAGGCAUCGCGACAAAGACCGGCACAAGUCCAGCUCGUCCAAGGACAAGGAUAAAGAUAAGGAGCAUAGGAGUUCCAAAGAUCACAAGUCCAAGGAUAAGGACAAGAGCAAGGAACAUAGGGAUAAGGAUAGGAGUAAGGACAAGGAUAAAGAUAGACAUAGACACAGCAGUUCCAGCAAAGAUAAACAUCGUGAUAAAGAACGUGAAAAGGACAGGGAUAGAAAAGAUAGAAAAUCGGACAAAUAUAAAGAUGAAUCUCUGGAAAAAAUUGACGUUGAAAUCAAGGCUGAACCGGAAUCACAACAGAAUGGCAGCAGUUUCUAUCACGAAGAUGAAAAGAAGGUAGAAAUCCUUCCGGAAUAUGAAGAAGACAAGUAUGCAGCGCAGAUGAACAGCUCGCAAGCGUCGAGUUGCGAUUACAAUUUGUCGCAAUUUAAAGACGAGCCGAAGUUUGAAGCCGACGAGGAGCCCGAAGAGGAACCUGAAGAUGGUGAUUCUGAGGAGGAUAAACCAUUGGCGAUGCGUUUGGAAACAUCUAAACGGAAAUACGAUAGUGAAGAGGAUGAAAAGCCACCGGUGCAAUCGAAGAAGGCGAAAAAGUCCAAAUCGAAAAAGCGCUCGCACUCGGAAGAUAACGAUGACUAUGAAGACGUGAAGCCAAUUAAGAAAGAGAAGAAAAAGUCGAAGUCUACGCCAGCGGUUGUCAAGAAAGAACCAGCUGGCAGUCCGAAGAAACGUAAGAAUAAGGCCGAGGAGGAGCAGGAGGUGUGGAAAUGGUGGGAGGAAGAAAAACGCGAUGAUGGUAAAAAGUGGAAGUUCCUUGAACAUAAGGGUCCAGUAUUUGCGCCGCCGUACGAAGGCAUUCCAAAGAGUGUUAAAUUCUAUUAUGAUAAUGAAGAGAUGAGUCUGAGCGAGGAGGCCGAGGAGGUCGCCGGCUUCUACGCGCGAAUGUUGGACCAUGACUACACCACCAAGGAGGUUUUCAAUACCAACUUCUUCAAGGAUUGGCGCAAGGUGAUGACUGACAGCGAGCGCAAACGCAUUACCGAUUUAAAGAAAUGCAACUUUAAGAAGAUGUACACGUACUUUAUGGACAUGGCGGAGAAGAACCGCAACCGCACCAAGGAAGAAAAACUUGCUUUAAAGGAGAAGAAUGAAGAAAUUCUAAAGGAGUUUGGUUUCUGCACCAUUGACGGGCACAAGGAAAAGAUUGGUAACUUUAAAAUUGAACCACCGGGUCUUUUCAGAGGUCGUGGUGAACAUCCGAAGAUGGGCAUGUUGAAAAAACGCGUCCGACCUGAAGAUGUUUUAAUCAACUGCAGCCAAGAUUCAGUUGUGCCCAAACCACCUCCAGGUCACAAAUGGAAGGAGGUGCGGCAUGAUCCAACUGUGACGUGGCUCGCCUCAUGGACGGAAAACGUACAGAAUCAAGUAAAGUACGUUAUGUUGAAUCCCAGUUCCAAGCUGAAGGGCGAGAAGGAUUGGCAGAAGUAUGAGAUGGCGCGCCGUCUGCACAAGUGCAUCGACAAGAUUCGUUCGGAGUAUAAAGAUGGCUGGAAGUCGAAGGAGAUGCGCAUUCGUCAGCGCGCUGUCGCGUUGUAUUUUAUCGAUAGGUUAGCACUUAGGGCGGGUAACGAAAAGGACGAGGACCAGGCGGAUACAGUCGGUUGCUGUUCGCUGCGCGUCGAACACAUUCAACUGCACGAGCAGAAGGACAACAAGGAGUCGGUGGUUGUGUUUGACUUUCUCGGUAAGGAUUCAAUUCGCUAUUACAAUGAAGUACCGGUGGAGAAGCGCGUCUUUAAGAAUUUACAACUCUUUAUGGAGAAUAAGUCACCGGGCGAUGAUCUCUUUGAUCGGCUGAACACUGCCGUUAUGAAUAAACAUCUCAAUGAACUCAUGGAGGGCCUCACGGCGAAGGUCUUCCGUACAUACAAUGCGUCAUUCACGCUGCAACAGCAGCUGAAUGAGCUUACGAACGAGGGCGAUUCACUCUCGGAAAUGAUUCUGUCCUAUAAUCGCGCCAAUCGUGCGGUGGCGAUUCUCUGUAACCAUCAACGUGCUGUGCCGAAAGGCCACGAGAAAUCCAUGGAGAAGCUGAAAGAGAAGAUUGACGCCAAACGUGAUCAGAUUAAAGACGCUGAGCGCGGUCUAAAGGACGCAGCCAAGGAUGCCAAACAUGGUAGCGUCAAAGAGAAGCAAAUCUACGAUAAAAAGAAGAAGCAAUUGGAGAAGAUGCGCGAACAACUCACGAAACUCGAAAUUCAGGAAACCGAUCGUGAUGAAAAUAAGACGAUUGCACUCGGUACGUCAAAGUUGAAUUAUUUGGAUCCGAGAAUAUCGGUGGCGUGGUGCAAGAAGUACAAUGUGCCCAUCGAGAAGAUCUACAACAAGACGCAGCGCGACAAGUUCCGCUGGGCGAUUGACAUGGCCGGACCCGACUAUGUCUUUUAAAAGAAUUUAAGAAUUUUUUGCGUGUGUUCGCAUUCUCCCAACAACCCCCUCAUAAUGAUGUAAUGUAUGUUAAUUAAGUAAUUCCCUGUUUUAUUGCAUCAAUGAAACAGCAACUAUGUUUACGUUGUUCACACGACACACAUACACACACAGACAGCGUUCUUUUUUCGGAGACUUGUGAGUUGAAAGUUUUGGUAAAUAAUUUAAGUGAUGCCGAAAAAUUGAUGAAGACAUUCGUGAGUGACUUAUAUUUAAAGAUUUAAAAGAAUUAGGGCUAUAGCAAAUGCAGCAGCGGCGCGACAACAUUGUAUGCGAUAUCGUAAUUUUAUUUAUCUUCUUUUUUAUAUGACGCAUGAGGAAUUAGUAAGUGAUGAAAACGAAACAAAAAGCAAAAAGUGACGAUUAGAACGAAUUGGAAGCGUAGCGGAAUAUUAAUUAAUCAUUUUAAUACUGUGUCUGUAGAUAUUCAUACGGAUUAAUAUUAUUAUUAUUAUUAGGCGACCAAAAUAGAAGGAAAACUUGAAAAAAAUGUGUAUAUUAUUAUAAGCUGCACUUGGUUGCGCAAUAAUAUUGAAUGUCUGAAGACACCAUUAUU